AAAACCCUACUACCUCGGCUGCAACUGCAUGUCAAAGUACACAAGAGCAAGUGCCAGACCCUCCAGAACUCUGACCCAAAUGACCACCAUAACGGAAUCUGAUGUGGGUAUCCUCUGCUUCAUCUCCCAGCUCGCUGGUUUUCGCGGCAUCCUUAAACAAAGGUACUCUGAUUUCAUUGUCAAUGAAGUAGAUACUGAUGGGAAUGUUGUUCAUUUGACCUCCUUAGAUGCUCCUCCUGAGGUUAUUAAGGAUGAUGAAAUAAAGAUAUCUGAUCAAAUUAGCAGAAGUUUUUCUUCUGAAAUUGAAUUGUUCAGAUCCCUUGCUGGUGACACCAAUGCGGACCAGCUAGAAGCUUUCUUAAAUCAAAUUACUUCAGGACAUGGAGAUGAUAUUUCACCUAUCACUCUGUCUCCAGAUUCUGAUAAAUCUCAUAGAACGGCAAUGCAUAAUUUCUUCAAAGAAAACUUCAGAUUCCUUGUCACUGACACUGUUGAUGGACCUGAUUCUUCAUCAAAAUGCAUUCGUGUGAGAUUAAAUUCGGGGAGUAACAACAAUGGAAGAAAUUCAAAGAAACGAAAAGAGAGAGGCAGUAAGCCUUAUGAUAGCAGAGGUUUUGGUAAUUGGCCAGAGCACCUUGGCAAGUUUCUUAGGUUUCAUCUUUACAAGGAGAACAAAGACACACAAGAAGCCUUAGGGCUGAUUGGAAAAAUGCUGGGCAUCCAGCCAAGGUCAUUUGGUUUUGCCGGUACAAAAGAUAAGCGGUCAGUUUCAACUCAGAGGGUGACUGUGUUCAAACAGCAUGCAAGUAGAUUAGCUGCAUUGAAUGAAAGAUUAAUUGGUAUCAAAGUGGGAGACUUCUGCUAUGCCAAUGAAGGUCUUCUACUUGGUCAGCUCCUAGGAAACCGCUUCACAAUCACAUUACGAGGAGUUGUUUCAGAUUCUGAAGACACCAUCAGAGGAUCAGCAGAUUCCCUUGGAAAGCAUGGGUUUAUCAAUUACUUUGGUUUACAACGUUUUGGAAGUGGUUCUGUGCCAACUCAUCUUAUUGGAGCUAUAUUACUGCGAGGGGAGUGGAAAGCUGCCAUUAACAUGAUUCUUGAUCCAAGAGAAGGGGAUAUCCUUUAAUAUAUAUAUUUUUUCUUUUUUUAGAGUUUUGUUUUUGUAUUAUUGAUUAAUUAAAGGGUUUGCAGGAUUUGGCUCUAAUAUACUAUUUUUAUUAUUAUGAUUAUUUAUUCUUAACUUAAAUCUUUAAAUACAAAGAAAUGUGAUUAGUAAGGUACGGGAGUAUUAUAAAGAAACUGGUGAUAUUGAUGGAACCCUUAGACAACUACCACGGCAUUUAGUUUCUGAAAGGGCUAUAUUGCAGUGUUUAAAGAAAUGCCCUGGGAACUACUUACAAGCCCUCAAAGCUAUUCCUAGAACUUUGAGAAUGAUGUAAGGGAUCGAACCAUGCCCCCUACUCUAGAAUGUCCUGUCUUGAGACGAUUGAUAAAUUUGCAUUAUUACC